AUGAGAUUCUCUUUCACCAAAUUCCUAGUCGUGGGCUUGGCCUCGACAGCGACUGCCAGCACUUGGUUCAGUAAAGCCGCUUACAACAAGUGGCAUGAGACUGAGCUAGAGAGAUGGCUGUCUGACCACGACGUCCCGUACCCUACCCCAGCCGAUAGAAAAGAUCUCGAGAAUCUCGUCAAAGAGAACUGGCAAGCCAAGGUGGUUGAUCCUGCUACCGCAGCCAAUGAUAAAACGGCGGACCACUAUCACAGUGUUAAGGACUGGAUCUUCGACAGCUGGACUGAGUCUUCCCUGAAGAGUUUCCUCGACCACAACAAUAUCCCUCAUCCACAACCACGAACCCGGGACAGCCUUUUGACCACUGCUCGCCAGAAUUAUGACUCCGUCGCCAAGCGACUUGGUGAAUACGCCUCCUACCCUGGCGACUGGCUCUACGCUUCAUGGUCUGAGUCCGAUCUCAAAGAGUAUCUCGACGAACGUGGCAUCCCAGUCCCACAGCCCACUACUCGUGACAAGCUCAUUGCUCAUGUCCGUCGCAAUUCCCGUCUAGCUUCUCUCAACACAUCCUCAGCCGCGAAAGCAGCCAGCUCCUCCUACUCCAGUGCCAGCUCUGUGGCAAGCGCUUCAGCAGCCAGUGCCCAAGCUAGCCUGAGUGAUGCGCUUUUCGAUGCAUGGUCUGACAGCAAACUGAAAGAGUUCCUCGACACUCAUGGCGUCCCUGUCCCACAAGGCAGCAAGAAGAAUGAACUCGUUGCUCUGGCUCGGAAGCACCGCGCUCAGCUUGAAGCAAGCGCGUCUUCGGCAUCUGGUCAAGCUGCAGCCAGCGGCUCUUCGAUCUCUGGUUCUGCUGCCUCUGCGUUCGGUGCGGCUACUACGAAGGCCGGCAAUGAAUACGCCAAAGCCACAGAUGAUGCAUCCUUGGCUGCUGAAGAUGCGUUCAACAAGGCCGCCGAGACAUGGUCUGACUCUCGCCUCAAGGCUUACCUCGAUUCUCGUGGCGUCCCCGUCCCUCAGAACAGCAAGCGUGAUGAACUCCUCAAGCAGGUCCGUUUGAACCGACACAAGGCGGCCACGGGUUGGUCUGCAUGGACAUUCGACACCUGGACCAAGGAGAAUCUUCAGAACUACCUUGCAGCUCACAGCAAGAAAUACAAGAAGAAUGCCAAGGCAAGCCGUGACGACCUGGUCAAACAAGCUCAGGACUCGUAUGCCUCUGCUUCAAAGAGCGGUGGUACCGGCUACGCCUCAGUCACCAACUACCUUGCAAAGCAGACCGAUGCUGCCAAAGACACCACCUUUGACACCUGGUCUGACAGUGAAUUGAAGAGCUAUCUCGACAGCUACGGUGUCCCCAACUACCAAGGCUCUACCACCAACGAACUCCGCGCGCAAGCCAAGAAGCAAUACAGCUACUUCAAAUACGGCACAUCAUCACCCCAGGGCACGAUCUUCGAACGCAUCAAGAGCGGAUUGCAAUGGGUUCUCGGACAGGCUCAAGGUCCUGCCUCGACUGCAUCUGGAACUGCAUCCGCCUCUGCUAGCUCCGCAUCCAGUGUCGCCUCCAAAUCUGCCAGCUCCGCUUCAAGCAGAGCUUCCAAGAGUGCCACGAGUGCCAAGAAUGAAUUGUAG